UCAGCAACGAUAAAGUGUAUCAUCUCUCUUUUUACUCUUAAGUUCGACCGCCCUUGUCUUCCUUUCACGGCCGAUCUGUCUGCGCUUUAGUGGAUCUUUGUUUUAACUGACAUCGGAAUCCGUUAGCUACCAGCCAUGGCUCCUCCGGCUCAGUCCCAACGGUCACCCUCACCGUCUCAACCUUCCGGUAAAAGUGAAGUCUCCGAUUUGAAACUCCAGCUCCGACAACUUGCCGGCAGCCGUGCACCGGGUGUGGACGAUUCGAAACGAGAGCUCUUCAAAAAAGUUAUAUCUUACAUGACGGUCGGAAUCGACGUGUCAUCUCUCUUCGGCGAGAUGGUGAUGUGCUCGGCCACAUCCGACAUCGUUUUGAAGAAAAUGUGUUAUCUCUACGUCGGUAAUUACGCCAAAGUCAACCCCGAUCUCGCUCUCUUGACCAUCAAUUUCCUCCAAAGGGAUUGCAACGAUGAAGAUCCAAUGAUCCGAGGGCUCGCCUUGCGGAGCUUGUGCUCGUUACGUGUGGCAAAUUUUGUGGAGUAUUUGGUGGGGCCGUUAGGAUCCGGAUUGAAAGAUAGUAAUAGUUACGUGAGAAUGGUGGCGGUUAUUGGAGUUUUGAAGCUUUAUCAUAUCUCAGCUUCCACUUGCGUCGAUGCGGAUUUUCCUUCCAUAUUGAAGCAUUUGAUGCUCAAUGACUCGGAUACUCAAGUGGUUGCCAAUUGUUUGUCUGCUUUACAAGAGAUUUGGAGCGCUGAAGCUAGCACGUCCGAAGAGGCAUCGAGGGAAAGGGAGGCUUUGAUUAGCAAGCCUGUUAUAUAUUACCUACUGAAUCGGAUCAGGGAAUUUAGUGAAUGGGCGCAGUGCCUUGUGCUGGAGUUGGUGACUAAAUAUGUGCCAUCGGACAGCAGUGAGAUUUUUGACAUUAUGAAUCUCCUUGAAGAUAGACUUCAGCAUGCAAAUGGAGCUGUUGUUUUAGCCACUAUCAAAGUGUUUUUACAUUUAACCCUAUCCAUGACUGAUGUUCAUCAGCAGGUGUAUGAACGUAUCAAAGCACCGCUGUUGACCCUUGUUAGUUCAGGAAGCCCAGAACAGUCUUAUGCAGUUUUAAGUCAUCUGCAUCUCUUGGUGAUGCGGGCACCUUAUAUUUUUUCCUCAGACUACAAACACUUCUAUUGCCAGUAUAAUGAACCAUCUUAUGUCAAACGAUUGAAGCUUGAAAUGUUGACUGCAGUGGCAAAUGAGAGCAAUACUUAUGAGAUUGUGACGGAAUUGUGUGAGUAUGCUGCAAAUGUUGAUAUUCCCAUUGCCAGAGAGUCAAUCAGAGCUGUUGGCAAAAUAGCACUGCAGCAGUAUGAUGUCAAUGCAAUUGUUGAUAGGCUUCUUCAAUUUCUUGAAAUGGAGAAAGACUAUGUGACUGCUGAAGCUCUGGUGCUUGUGAAAGAUCUUCUUAGAAAAUAUCCUCAGUGGAGCCAUGAUUGCAUUGCAGUGGUUGGUAACAUAAGCAGCAAAAAUGUACAAGAACCAAAGGCGAAGGCAGCUCUUAUAUGGAUGUUGGGGGAAUAUUCUCAGGAUAUGCAAGAUGCUCCUUAUAUUUUGGAGAGUUUAGUUGAAAACUGGGAUGAGGAGCAUUCUGCCGAGGUUCGUUUACAUCUUCUCACUGCAGUGAUGAAGUGCUUUUUUAAAAGGCCUCCUGAGACCCAAAAUGCAUUGGGAACUGCAUUGGCUGCAGGUAUUGCCGAUUUUCACCAGGAUGUUCAUGACAGAGCCUUAUUCUACUAUAGGAUUUUACAGUAUAAUGUAUCUGUAGCAGAACGCGUGGUGAACCCUCCAAAGCAAGCCGUUUCUGUUUUUGCUGAUACUCAAAGCAGUGAAAUUAAAGAUCGGAUAUUUGAUGAAUUUAACAGUUUAUCUGUUGUAUACCAGAAGCCAUCUUACAUGUUUACAGAUAAGGAACACAGGGGUCCGUUUGAGUUUUCAGAUGAACUUGGAAAUCUAUCUAUUGGCGGAGAAGCAGCAGAUAAUGUUGUUUCUGCUCAGAGAGUGGAGGAAAAUGAUAAGGAUCUGCUUUUAACUACUUCAGAGAAAGAAGAAACUAGAGGUUCGAGUAAUAAUGGUUCUGCUUAUACAGCUCCUUAUGAUGGCUCGUCUACAUCUGUCUUUGCCUUGCAAACACAUAUAGAGUCGGCAAUUUCAAAUCCCACUGCAGCAGACCAUUCUCCACAAGCAAGCUUGGCUAUUGAUGAUCUACUUGGUCUUGGUUUACCAGCAGCGCCUGCUCCUCCAUCUCCUCAAUUGAAGCUUAAUACAACAGCUGCUCUAGAUCCAAGCACAUUUCAGCAUAAGUGGCGCCAAUUGCCAGUUGCUUUGUCACAGGAAUACUCAGUAAGCCCUCAAGGUGUUGCAGCAUUGACAGCACCUCAAGCUCUCCUUCGGCACAUGCAAAGCCAUUCCAUUCACUGCAUUGCAUCAGGCGGUCAAUCCCCCAACUUCAAGUUUUUCUUCUUUGCACAAAAAGCGGAGGAGGCAUCUAAUUAUCUUGUCGAAUGCAUAAUCAGCACAUCAUCGGCUAAAGCCCAAAUAAAGAUCAAAGCUGAUGAUCAAAGUACAUCCCAGGCAUUCUCAACUCUUUUCCAAUCAGCCUUGUCCAAAUUUGGUAUUCCAUGAGCACUAAAUGCUUUCUUCAUUUAAUGGCUGGACGGGCAAGAUGUUCUCAAUAUUUCCUAUUGAUUUUAUUUUUUCUCAAGAAGAAACUAAAGAGAAAAUUGUGUUUGCAGACGGAAUUGAUGAACUCCUUUUUUGGUAGAUGUACAUUGUCUCUCUUGAUUUCCAUCAUAGUCCAGUUUGUUAAUUUUUUUGAAGCCUGGAAUUUAUAUUUCUAUUGAAUAAUGUUACUCCGGAAUAGUAGCGAGGACUACAUCAAUUCUUUUUGGUUCCUGAUUUUCUUUUUCUUGGGCGGUAAUAAUCGUACUACUCCUUUUCUCACUCAAG